AUGUAUAUGCGAACGUUUGCGAUAGGUUCUGCUUUAUUAUUUUGUUUUAUUUUCAAUAUUGGAGAAGCAAAAUUUGAACGAGUUGGUUUUAUAAGGUAGUUAAUUAAUUAACUAAUUAAUUGAAUAUUCGAAUUUUGCAAAAAAUGUGAUUUCAGUGAUCCUGUUAAAUUAUUAUUACAAGAUAGUUAUUCUUCGCUGAAGAAUCGAAUGUAUCAACAAAAACAACAAACAGAACAAAUUGGAUGGAAAAAGAGGCCAAUGAGAACUGUAAGUAAUGAUAUACUUUAUAUUUUUUGAUAUUUUAGCAAGAAUUAUAUUCAUUUUCAGAUUCGUAAAAGAAAAUUCACUGCUUUUCCGUCUACGUUUUAUAGUACUUAUGGAUUUGGAGCAGAUACUCGAAGAUCUUCUAUUUCUUUUCCUUAUACUGAUCUUUUCUUCUCCGGAUAA